AUGAGCCUCUCCAGUCUGUCCCCCACGGUGAGGGACAGGAGGCAGGGUGGGGCCGGGAUGCCAUUGAGCAUCUUGCCACUAGGGGGUAGCAUAGAGCUGCAGCUCUUAAGUCGUGGGUCCCUUCGCCUCACACCUAAUAAUUUAUGUAAUAUAGAAAACCCUCUGGAAUGUUGUCUGAACCACGUGUAUUGCUUUUUCAGACUUUCUCUUCACUUUAAGAUUCACAGAGGAAAGAACUCAUCAGAGGUCCUGGGAAAGGCUAAGAAAGCUACCAGAGUGAUUUAUACACAGACUUUAAAAUAA